GCUUGUUGUGGCGGCGUCGUGUAUUCCUCCGCACCGUCACUGUGCGCUGUCGAAUUUUGGGGACAUCCAUCCGGGAUUGACAGCUGGCUCAGACGGUGUCAUAAACUUUUUGAAGCCUGGGUUUUUGUCUUAUAGACGGAGGGAGCGUGUCUUCUGUGUUUUCGAUGCGCGGGAGUGCUCUGGGAGCGGCGACGGGAGAAGACACUGCUGGUGGCUGUAAUUCAGCAGGAUGAGUGAGGCGGAUGGCCAGUUCUACAGCUUUCAGGUGGGGGACUCCACCUUCACCGUACUGAAGCGCUACCAGCAGCUCCGCGCCAUUGGCUCCGGGGCCCAGGGAAUUGUCUGCUCUGCUCUAGAUACAGUCCUUGGUAUACCAGUGGCAGUGAAAAAGCUGUGUCGACCCUUCCAGAACCAGACCCAUGCUAAGCGUGCCUACAGAGAGCUGGUGCUACUCAAAUGUGUCAACCACAAGAAUAUCAUCCGUCUGAUCAAUGUGUUCACUCCUCAGAAGUCCCUGGAGGAAUUCCAGGACCUUUAUCUGGUCAUGGAAUUAAUGGAUGCCAGCUUAUGCCAGGUGAUCCACAUGGAUUUGGACCAUGAGAGGAUGUCCUACCUACUCUACCAGAUCCUCUGUGGCAUCAGGCAUCUUCACUCUGCUGGGAUCAUCCACAGGGAUCUGAAGCCCAGUAACAUUGUGGUGAAAUCAGAUUGCACUCUAAAGAUCUUGGACUUUGGCCUAGCUAGGACGGCCUGUACCAACUUCAUGAUGACUCCCUACGUGGUGACCAGAUACUACCGUGCCCCAGAGGUCAUACUAGGCAUGAAGUAUAAAGAGAAUGUGGACCUGUGGUCAGUCGGCUGCAUAAUGGCUGAAAUGAUCUCUCACAAAAUUCUCUUCCCUGGAAAGGACUACAUAGACCAGUGGAAUAAGGUGAUUGAAGUUCUGGGCACACCCAGACUGGAGUUUAUGAACCGUCUAAUGGAGACUGUGAGGAACUAUGUGAUGAACAAGCCGCACUACCCCGGUGUGAGCUUCACAGAGCUCUUCCCAGACUGGGCCUUCCCUUCUGACUCAGAAGAGGACAAUCUGAAAACGGGUCAAGCACGGGACCUGCUGUCCAAAAUGCUGGUCAUUGAUCCUGAAUGCCGUAUCUCUGUGGAGGAGGCCCUCAGUCACCCCUACAUUCAUGUGUGGUACGAUCCCGCUGAGGCUGACGCGCCUCCACCCCAGAUUUCAGAUAAGCAGCUGGAAGAGAGAGAGCACACCAUUGAGCAGUGGAAAGAACUUAUUUAUGAAGAGGUGAUUGACUGGGAGGAGAGGAAUAAGAAUGGGUUGAUGAAAGAAGAUUGUUCAGAUGUGUUGCCUGGUUCAGCGUCACAGUCCUCCUCGGCCAAUGACAUUUCAUCUAUGUCCACGGAGCACACUUUGGCCUCAGACACGGACAGCAGUAGCAUCGACACACUGACCGGGACCCUGGACGAGUGUCAGUGAACACAAUCCAUGAUCACAUCUGUCUGCCUCAGAAUCCACAGAUACAGUUUUCAAACUUCAUUUUCCUCUCUUCUGUUUUGCACCAUCUCUCUCCCACCUUAAUGAAUACUAUUUUUAUGUUUUGUUUUCCUGUGUGAGCCUGUGUGUCUUGUUGAUUUUCAAAUUUCAUUCUUUGCUGUGGACGUCUGCCUACAGAACAAAGCUGUAACGGCUGUUGGGUCAGAGGGUUUUCCUCUGUUUUAAGGAUAUGUGUGUAUACAUGUUUAUUUAAAAUUACAAGGCCUUGAUGGAGUAUCAUUGAAUAUUCCUUCUGCUGGUAUUUUAAGAUUUUCAGAUUUUUGUAGUAGUUGCUGUUGAGCUGAAAACAUGAAUUAGUGUCAUCAAAUUUCAAAUUGAAUUGAAGCAGAGAUGGUGCUGAACACAGCUCACGGCUACCUGCUGCUCUUACGCAUGUUACGCUACCAUGAACAAAAACCUAAAUGAAGUCACGCUAUUAUUUGAUUUUCAUCGUACAGCCAAGAUUUGCUCUAUUGUUUCUAGCUAGCAGUAUAGCAGUUUUCUCCCCACUGGUGCUUCCUGCUGUUGUUUUGUUAUUCUGAGUGAUGUGACGUUUCAGUUUUUUUUCUCCGAAAGGGGGAGCUGUGGUGGAAGAAUUACAGUUUUGUUUCUUGGUGACGUACUGUUUGUAAAGAUGCCAUGAUCUUGCACAAAUAAAAAAUGGUGCAUUUCCGUAAGACUUUCUGUACCUGGGGAACUACAUGUUUCAGGUACAGGUCCUGACUAUCGUGUACAUCGACAGAACAUCAUAAUCCUGUAAACAUCUGAGAGGCAAAGGGAUAUAAAUAGUAUUUAUUUUUUUUAUUUUUUUCCUUGCAAAAUGUUGCACAAAAUCAGAUCGAGGCCUGUGUAUACCAAGUUACUUUGGAAAAAAAGAAGAAAAAGGUUUUAUUGACAACCCAGUGCAUGGGCGGCUCUCGUGAACCAUUCCAUUUGUACAGGAACAACAAUGAAAUGAAUCAUAAAACACAUCCAUUAAAACAUUUAAAGCAGUAAAACAUGAAUAAUGGUGUUACUAUUGCAUGGCGGCAUGAACGAUGCCUUUAUGACAUUAUAGUUCUGAUUAUAAAUUCUAUUCAGGUCGGUUCUUUAACUUAUGGUACCUUAUUGGUUCUGAAAGCUUAUUUGGGAGAUGUGUCCUUAUAAACCUCUGUGUUAUGCAGCAUUCUUCAGUGUCUUCUUUAAAGACCCCACGAGCCCCGCGUUUCUGUGAGGGUAAAGUCUGAAGACAGUUGGUCAAAAAAAAAAAAGAAAAAGUGUUUUGAGAAUGUGGACCUGACUUUGGAGUCCUGAAUGAAAUUCUGAUCUUGUAGCUCUGGACUGAAUCUUACAAAUGGACUGUGGACUUUGCAGACUAUUGCACAGUGUGAUGGACAUGCAGAAACGUAAGCACUAUAUAUUGUACACUGUUUUCCUUUUAAAAAAAAUCUAUGAUCUUAUUUGUUAAAUCAAGCCUUAAAUGUCGAGAGGAGUGGCUGUUUCACUCCACAAAUCAUAUUGGAUAAGGACUGAGUAUUAUCACGCUCAGAACCUGUGUAUUAAUCGUGUUUUAAAAAGCUCCAUUGUAUACGCUGUAAUGUCACAUUUUGUUUUUAUUUUUUUUCAGAUGUCCUAUGUGAUUGCAAAAGCCACACUACUAUCAUUUGGCCAAGAUAUUUUGCCUUUAUUCAACUAAUAAAAUGGACAUCAAUGAA